CUGCCUCGCUGCUACAAAGAAAAUAGCCUUUUUUUUUUUUGGAGUAACAAAGCCGGUCUGUGUGCGGAUCGCAAAUCAACCGAGCGAGUCAACGUUAGCUGGCCUAGCCGGACUCGGGAGCUCGUCUCCCAAAACAAGAAUGGGGUCUAGGAUUAGCCUGCUACUAAAGUGACCUUUGAUUGUAAGCUCUCAUGGCUAAUUUCACGAACUACCAGGAAGGCAAGGCAACGAUGUUGUUGGCGGAGGCGCAGCAGAGGGACGUGGGGACGAAACCUGCGGCCACGAACGGGGACGGCUCGGUUGGGGAACCCCCUUCCCUGAUAAUUAAUAUCGGCGGAGCAGCAGCAGGAGGAGGCGGCGGCUCUCGUCUCCACCAAUAUUUGCCGCCCUCCAGUCUCCACCAACACAACCUCGCACACGAGUCGCCAAAGGAUCCGCAGCAUCACUACCAGCUCGCUCCGCAGCAGCAGCAUCUUCUCGGGGAAAACGCCCCCGAGUCCCCGGGCAGAAGAUCCGGCGAGGACGCGGCCGGCGGCGGCCAUGUGUACGCAGCGGUGACCGUGGCCAACAACGCCUCGGACUCCGUCGACGACAUUCGGAAGUGUGGCUAUCUGAGGAAGCAGAAGCACGGACACAAGCGGUUCUUCGUGCUUCGGGCUGCCAGUCACCUGGGCCCGAGCCGCCUGGAGUACUACGACAGCGAGAAGAAGUUCAGGAACAGCCUGCGCUCGGCGGCGGUGAGCGGGGGGGCCGUGGCCCCCUCACCCCCCAAGAGGGUGAUAUACCUCUACCAGUGCUUUACUGUAAACAAAAGGGCGGACUCGAAAAACAAACACCUUAUCGCCCUUUACACUAAGGACGAGUACUUUGCCAUCGUGGCUGAGAACGAGCAGGAGCAGGAGGACUGGUAUGUCGCCAUCAGUGAGCUGAUGAGCGAGGGGAAGAGAGGGCACGUGGACUCUGAUGAUUUGGAUGAUGGUUAUGGUACUGUCAGUCCUGGUACUGUGUUUAAAGAGGUUUGGCAGGUUAAUGUGAAACCCAAAGGACUGGGUCAAACUAAAAACCUCACAGGUGUUUACCGGCUAUGCCUGUCCACUAAAACUGUUCACCUUGUCAAACUGAACUCCGAAACCCCCUGCGUCAACCUCCAGCUGAUGAAUAUAAGGCGCUGUGGACAUUCGGAGAGCUUCUUUUUCAUCGAGGUGGGCCGCUCCUCCUCUAUUGGGCCUGGGGAGAUAUGGAUGCAGGUGGACGAUUCUGUUGUGGCCCAAAACAUGCACGAGACCAUCCUGGAGACGAUGAAAGCCUUGAAAGCUUUCGCCGAGUUCCGGCCGAGGAGCAAAAGCCAGUCUUCGGGUUCCAACCCCAUGUCGUUCAUCACGACGCGGCGCCACCUGGGCAACCUGCCGCCGAGUCAGACGGGGCUGCAGCGGCGGUCGAGGACGGAGUCUGUGGUUGGCACGCCGCCCUCGAGUAAAAGCUCUGGGGCGAGUGGCUAUCGCUUUCGCACAUCCAGCGAAGGCGAGGGGACGAUGAACCGGCCCUUCCGCUCGGCCACAGGAAGUCUGGUGCACCUCAACGCGGCUCGUGCGGCUCAUAAUCGUCAGGAAGCGGCCGGCGGCAGCAGUUGGAGUGGAGUUGCCACGGGAAACGCGGGAACAAGCACUGGGAGCAGUCGCUACGUCAGAGCCAUCCCAGGUUCAUCAUCCACCUGUCACGCCCGCUCCGCGUCGCUUCCCGUUUCCCACUUUCCCUCCACCACCAGUCCAGUGAGCGUUUCCUCCAGCAGCGGUCACGGCUCCGUAUCGGACACGCUCACUCGCCCGUCCAGUGCAUCAAUAUGCGGCUCGCCGUCGGAUGGUGGCUUCAACUCUUCGGAUGAGUACGGCUCCAGCCCGGGUGACUUCCGGUACUUCCGGGUGAGGAGCAACACCCCAGACUCGCUGGGAAACACGCCACCAAUCAGAGAGGAGAACUGUCUAAAUGAUUACAUGGCCAUGAGCUGGAGCCGGGAGGUGUUUGGCACCAGCGUGUGUUUUGGAAAUGCUAGUGGAGGUGACGCACCACGCGAAGAGAGCACAUCAGCUGUGGAGGAUGAGCGAUUUUCAUCUUCAUCCUCACUAAGGAGGAGGACUCACUCUUUCUCCAGACCUACUGGGGGUGCGACAGGAGGCUCUGGAGUUGCAGUUUAUCAGAAAAUGACCCAGACCAACUCCUCUCUGGACGAAGGGUCAGACGUGGUGUUGCCAUUUGGCAGUGGGCUGCUCCGCGGUGGGCCGUCCUCCUCUUCCUCUUCUCUCCGCUCUGACUACAGCUCCUGCUCUGAGCACAGCCAGCAGAGCCGUCCCUCCACGCUGUCCCGGACAGAGUCUGCUGCUGAGCGCCCCCCGCUUUCCUCCUCCUCUGCCAAGGAAGACGGCGGCUACAUGCCCAUGAUGUGUGGCGUGGCCGCGUCGCCCCGGGAUACCCCUCCUGACUACAUGCCUAUGCAACCAACAUCUUACCCCUACAACGCGUCGCACUCUCCUCAAUUAGGUACACGCCCCGCUCACCACAAUCCACAGAUCCAGCCUCAAUCUUCCACAGACUCUCACGGCUACAUGAUGAUGCUCCCAGGGGGUAGCGGCACCUCUCCCUCCCCGGUACAGUCCUCUCCAAGCCCUCACAGUAGCUCCAGCAUGGCUGCUGCCGGUCGGAGCGACAGCAUAGCAGAGAGACCGCAGAACGGGGAGUAUAUGGACAUGUCCUACAGCAACAGUGGCAGGUGCAAGCUCAUAAGUGAAGAUAGUGGUGAAUAUUACACCCCUGUGGAGACCCCCAAGUCUUACAGCCCCUAUUUCUCCCUCCCUCGCUCCUACAAGGCCCCCACCAGAGAACGAGAUGAAAAAGAGGAUGGGGAGUACGUACCCAUGAGUUCUCCUGCUAAGCCAGUGUAUUCAUCAGUCGCAACAGCUUCAAUGUCAAUACCACAAAAAAGGGGUGGAGGAGGAAGCAGCACCUCCACUCCCUCUCAUCCUCCUCCCCCCUAUGGAGCUCACCAUACAACCGCAGCGAUGGCUGACAGGCGGAUUGUGAGGCCCACCCGCCUUCCUUUAGGCAGGAAGAGCUUCCACGGUCCGCUGAAGGUUAGCGAGCCCUCCGCAGCGUCUGCAGGCUCCUCGACUUCAGUCCCGGCUGCCGACGGCUCGCGUGAGGGCCCUUCCAGUCCAGGAGAGUACAUUAACAUCGAGUUUGGUGAUCACUUUCCACACCAACAGCAGCCUCCCGCCUAUCCGCUCUCAGCCCAAGACGAAACACACCCCCUGAGUUCAAGUGACCCUCGUCGUUCCCCUCCCCAUUCCCAGGAUUACAUGAGUGUGGAGGUAGGAGCAGACCAGCAGGUUGCUGCUGGAUGUACGAGUAAGAAUCAGUCACCCAGGCCCAGCCUCGUUGCGCCCUGGAACCCACCCAGCUACAUCCGACCUCUUGCCAAUAAUCCAGGGGUGCUGGCUUCCCCUGGAGUCCAGCGAGGAGAUCGCUGGAGGUCAGUAGGAGAUGAUUACACAGACAUGACGUUUAACCUCAGCAGAGGUGAGCGGACUCAAACAAGCCCCACAGCCAUGCUGCAGCACCUCUGUGUGAUCGAUGGACAUUACGGUUAUCUCCCAUCCAACUCCUCCUCUAUUUCCCCUCCUCUCCCCCCAUCAAGCCACCAGCUGGAGCCAAAGGUGGUGCGAGCAGAUCCCCAAGGCAGACGGAGACACAGCUCGGAGACGUUCUCUUCCAGCUCCUCCUCUAAUUCAACUCCAUCCGGAGGAGGACUUGGCCCCUCAUCCACCCAGCCCUCGCUGUCUAACCCCACAGCCCCCAACGGAUCUUACGAAGCAGAGGGACAGGCCUUCAAGUGGGCCAGCUCAGCUUCUUUCGACAGCGUUUGGAUGUCCGUGGAGGGCGUAGGGGAUUUACUGCCUCACCAAGCCCAGCCGGGCUCCACAGAAACGAACACAGACUCGAGGACCCCAGCAUCCUCCUCCCCCUCUUUUUCAGGGGCUGGAGCCAGUAGCAGAAUGUGCAGGAACAUGUCUGUUGGCUACCAGAACGGCCUCAACUACAUUGCUUUGGAGCUGAGGGAGGAUGGGAGUUGUACAGAAUCCACAACGUCUGGAUCUGGUAGCAGCAACGGGAGCGCAGUGACGGCAGGGAUGGUGCCCCCGCCAGAGAACGGAGCCUACGCCAGUAUAGACUUCACCAAAUCAGACGGAGUCACCACCACAACCAACGAUUGAGCGUCAGAGGUCCAGCGUUGCACCUCCUCCUCCUCCUCCUCCUCCUC